AUGAAAUUCUUAACUAUUGCAACUAUUUUAUCAUUAUCAUCAUCAGCUUUAGCUGCUAUUAAAGAUGUUCAAUUAUUUGCUACUUCAUCAGAUAAAGAAAUCGAUGGUAAAGGAUUAUCUUCAAUUCAUGAAGGUGCUGGUAUUAAUUAUUUUUUCUUAGGUACUAAUGCUCAAACUUUAAAUUAUGAUGAUGAAACAAAUCAACUUUAUUAUUUAUUAAAUGGUCAAUAUCAUCAAAGUUUAAAUUUUAUUGGUAAUUUUUUAUCUUUAUCAGUUUCUGAUCCAUUAACUGUUACUAUUGGUGAAGAUGGUACUGUUUCAUUUGAAGGUUCUGAUUCAAUCCAUGCUGCUAAAAAUGUUAAUGAUCCAUAUCAAUAUUCAAAAAAUCUGUUUUUUAUUGUUAAAGAAGGUGGUGAUGAUAUUAGACCUUUAAGUAUUAAAGCUGUUUUCGUAGGUGGUGAAGAAACUGGUUCAUCAUCAGAAACUGGUGCAUCAUCAACUCCAGAAUCUUCUACUGUUUUACCAACAUUAUCAACAACUUCUCCAUCAUCAUCAUUAGGUUAUUUCAAUCAAACUACAAGUACUAAAACAGAUAUAAGUACUACAUUGAUUACAAUUACAUCAUGUAGUGAAAAUCACUGUUCACCAAUUUCAACUUUAACUACAGGUGUUACAACAGUUACUGAAAUUGAUACUACUUAUACCACUUACUGUCCUUUACCAUCACAAGGAACUACAACACCAGGUGAAACUACUCCAGUUCCAGUUCAUCCAACAGAAACUACUAAAGUUGGUGAAACUACUAAAGCUGGAGAAACCACAAAAGCUGGAGAAACCACAAAAGCAGGUGAAACUACUAAAGCAGGUGAAACUACUAAAGCUGGUGAAACUACAUUAGAAACUUCAACUAAACAAACUGUUGCUGCUCAAUCAUCAAGCCAACCAACCGGCGAAGCUGUUAGUGUUUCAUCAUUUGAAGCUGGUGCCAAUUCAGUUAAGGUUGGUUCAAUUUUAGCUGUUGCUGUUGCUGCUAUUGGAUUAAUUUAUUAA